CAUAAUACUACAGGUGCCUACAAUAGUAGCUGAUAUGGGUCAUUCCAAGUGUAACAACUGGAAUUAUCACAGUGAUUACAAAUAGAAGCUGUGCUUCAGUGAUCACUGAUUGUGACUGAUAAGUUGGGGAGUAGGCUUCUUCUUCAAAGCAGUAAAUGCUCAGGACACAAGUUGCUUUUGAAGCAAUGACCCCUGUUUAACACAAGGAUCUGGACCAUGUACCAUUAUGGUUUUGUGCCUCAAGAGCCUUAUCCAAGCAUGAACCAGCCCUCUCCAUACACCUACCUGCCUCUUGGGCCUGGCAGAUUGGCUGAAUCUCCAAACUCCACAAUGUUCCCUCCUAUCCAGAUGCACAACCUCUAUAGCCGGCCCGUCACCACCACCAUGGACUGGAACGGCCACCAUGACUAUGCAGGAAACCAACUAGAGUAUCAUCAUUUCUAUGGCAGCAACCCAUACUUCCAUCCUCACCCCUUCUGGCACUUCUCUCAGGUGACCCCCAUGUCUCUGUACAACCCCUAUGCAAACUAUAAUCCGUAUGCAGCAUACCAGAGGCCAAGCCAGGGUCAGGACAUAUGGCCUCAGGGCUUCACCAUGAGAGGAGAGCUUCAUUGGGGGAAACUUGAAAGGGUCUUUGGACCUAGACGGGAACUUCCAGAGUUUGUGAAGGAGGAUCUCCGCAGGGUUUAUGGCACCUACCCAAGGACUGAUGUUUCCAUAACCUUCCAGAACAGGGAAUUCCUGGUGAAAGGAGACCCCAGAGUGGGAGAACAGGACUAUACAGUCGAAAAGAGAGUCAUCCGAAGGGAUCCCACCCCAACGGCUAGCGAAGCGGAUGACGACAGCGAGGAACAAAACAGGAAGAAGAAAAAGAAAUCUAGACGUUGAUCUAGCCAGCUCCCUAUGAGACUGGUGCUCCUUGUCAUGGCCAAAGUUAGUGGCUGAAUUCUGGCGCUUGGGAAGAAUACUGGGAACUAGCAUGGGCAUACACUCCCCUUGGCAAGUUUUGCAUGACUGCCAAAAAUGUAAUUAAUUCCUCUGCCUACUUUCCCCACACUCCAUAAACACACUGACAUAGCUUAUACUCCAGCUGACUGACACGUACUACACAUUCUCCCCCGCCCCCCAUGUGCACCUCCAUAUCUGUUGGUCUCUCAAAUGUUGGCUUUGAAUGAGAUUGUAUAGGCUUCCAUUUGGCUGACCAAAUAUUGUCAAUCUGCUUGCUAGAUUGUGUCCCUUUUUAGAAGAAGAGUUGGUGAGAGUCUCUUUUCUAACAAGGGGAAAGAGCCACAAGUCACUAAUUGGCCUCCUGUUGGCAGUAGUCUGCAGGAUGAAUAGCCAGGAAGACUGGACUCCCUCCAUUCUGCCAACUUGCCCCACUUCUGAGGACAGUGUGGUGAAAGUGUCUUGUUUGAACACUAACCAUGCAGCUAUCUUUUUGUACACCCUGUAAUUACUGCUUCAUACAGAAGAUUUAUUCACUAUGGAAUUUUUGUGUUGACUCUUCACUAUGGGCUGGAAGAAGGUGACGUAAAGAUAUUCCCCUCUUGUACUCACUGAUGGGUCUGGCGAUCCCUCUUUCUGACUGCACGUCCUCAUUCUGAGGACAAGAACCUAACUCAGAUCCGAGUGAGCGCAACUAUUGCCAGGUGGGCACUGGAAAAGACACAACUGUGGAUGCCAGUUUACAAGUGCCACUGACAUACAUCAGAUGUCACAGCCUUUUCCUUUUGCCAGGUCUGAAGAGGGGAUCUACUGCUUGAAGGACAGGCUGCACUGGAAACUUACUGCAGGCCCCAGGGCAGUCCCUAAGUUGCCUGCAAACUUACGUAGCUUUUAAAUAAUAAAAA